AGUGCACGUCGGUCUAGGGCAAAUAGCGUCACAUCCUCUGAAAGCUUCCCAAAGAAGCCGAGCCCGGAAUGUGUGCAGAGCGGAGCCUGAGUGGGCGAGGGGGAGGACGUGCACAUUCUGCCUCCCUUUAUCCUCUAUUAACCCCCUUUCCUUUUAUAUCUUCCUCCCCUCCCUGCUUCCCCGCAGUUCCCCUGGCUGCUGAUGAUGAUGAUGGCCGGAGCGGGAUCCUGGCUGUAUCUCACAGCGGGGCUGUUGGUGGUUGCGCUGCCCCAGCUCUCCCAUUCGUGCCCCAGUCGCUGCCUGUGUUUCCGCACCACUGUGCGCUGUAUGCACCUCAUGCUGGAGAGUGUGCCCGCCGUGCCCCCGCACACCACCAUCCUGGACCUUCGGUUCAACAGAAUUAAGGAUAUUCAAACGGGAGCAUUUAAACACUUAAAGAACCUUAACACUUUGCUUUUAAACAACAACCAAAUUAAAAGAAUACCAAGUGAAGCAUUUAAAGACCUUGAAAACCUUAAAUAUCUGUAUCUACACUUUAACCAAAUUGAGACCUUAGAACCAGAAUCAUUUAAUUACUUACCCAAGCUGGAAAGACUAUUUCUGCAUAACAAUCGAAUAACUCACUUGGUGCCGGGCACGUUUAGUCAGCUGGAAUCUAUGAAAAGGCUGCGAUUGGAUUCAAACGCUCUUCAUUGUGACUGUGAGAUCUUGUGGUUGGCAGAUCUACUAAAAAUCUAUUCUGAAUCCGGCAAUGCACAAGCUGCUGCCACGUGCGAAUAUCCACGCAGACUUCAAGGGAGAUCGGUAUCCACCAUCACACCAAGUGAACUGAAUUGUGAGAGGCCAAGGAUUACAUCAGAGCCACAAGAUGUGGAUGUUACCUUUGGGAACACUGUGUAUUUCACAUGCCGAGCUGAAGGCAAUCCCAAACCAGAAAUCAUCUGGCUUCGAAAUAACAAUGAGCUCAGCAUGAAAGAUGACUCUAGGCUGAACCUCCUGAAUGAUGGAACAUUGAUGAUCCAAAACACCAAGGAGACUGACCAGGGAAUUUAUCAGUGUAUGGCAAAAAAUGUAGCUGGAGAAGUGAAAACACAUGAAGUAACCCUCAGAUACUAUGGAACUCCAGCAACACCCACUUUUGUAAUUCAGCCUCAAAACACAGAAGUGCUUGUCGGUGAAAGUGUAACAUUAGAAUGCAGUGCCACAGGACAACCACAUCCACGGGUCACAUGGACUAGAGGUGACCGAACCCCGCUACCAAGUGACCCCCGCAUAAACAUUACUCCAUCAGGAGGACUUUAUAUUCAGAAUGUUAAUCAGGAUGAUGCUGGAGAAUACACGUGUUUUGCAACAAACUCUGUAGAAACAAUUCACUCUACUGCCUAUAUUAUAGUCCAAGCUGUGCCACAGUUUACAGUUGUGCCACAAGACCGGAAUGUGUUUGAGGGUCACACAGUCGAUUUUCAUUGUGAAGCGCAAGGUAAUCCAAAGCCGGUGAUCGCCUGGACUAAGGGAGGAAACCAGCUUUCUGUGGAUAGAAGGCAUCAGGUUUUAUCUAGUGGGACACUGCGAAUUCUCCGGGUUGCUUUACAUGACCAAGGCCAGUAUGAAUGCCAGGCAGUAAAUAUAGUCGGUUCUAAAAGCACUGCAGCCCAACUCAUUGUGCAGACGAGAGUUACUCCUGUGUUUGCCACUGUGCCAAAUGACAUGACUGUAGAAGUUGGCACUGAUGUUCAGAUUCCCUGUAGCUCUCAGGGUGACCCACUUCCUAUAAUAACCUGGAACAAGGAUGGAAUCCAAGUAACGGAAAGCGGGAAGUUCCACAUUAGCCCACAUGGAUAUUUAGCUAUCCGAGAUGCUGGCCUUGCAGACCAAGGGCGAUACGAAUGUGUAGCACGAAAUCCCAUUGGCUACUCUUCCGUCAGUAUGGUGCUAAGUGUAUUAGUGCCUGAAGUAAGCCGCACUGGAGACCCAUUUGUUGCAACUUCAAUUAUUGAAGCUAUUGCAACUGUAGACAGAGCUAUAAACUCCACAAGGACCCAUCUGUUUGACAGUCGCCCUCGUUCUCCUGGAGACCUGCUUGCCCUGUUUAGAUAUCCCAGAGAUCCCUACACCGUGGAACAAGCUAGAGCUGCAGAGAUAUUUGAAAGGACACUACAGCUGAUACAAGACCAUGUACAGAGUGGAUUGAUGGUUGACCUAAAUGGAACAAGUUAUCACUAUAAUGAUCUUGUUUCUCCUCAGUACCUCAAUAUGAUUGCUAAUCUAUCAGGGUGUGCAACACACAGAAGAAUCAAUAAUUGCUCAAAUAUGUGCUUUCACCAGAAAUACAGAACCCACGAUGGAACUUGCAAUAACCUACAGCAUCCUAUGUGGGGAGCAUCACUGACCGCUUUUGAACGUUUGUUAAAGUCUGUUUAUGAAAAUGGAUUUAAUCUGCCAAGGGGAAUAUCAGGAAGAAUUUAUAAUGGCUUCCCUCUUCCUUUGCCUCGUUUAGUUUCAACAACAUUGAUAGGAACUCAUACAAUUACGCCAGACGAACAGUUUACUCAUAUGUUGAUGCAGUGGGGACAAUUUCUUGAUCAUGAUCUUGAUUCUACUGUAGUGGCUCUUAGUCAGGCUCGGUUUUCUGAUGGUCAGGAUUGCAGUGUUGUCUGUACAAAUGAUGCUCCUUGCUUUCCCAUUAUGGUUCCACCUAAUGACCCACGGGUCCGAAAUAAUGCACGCUGUAUGUCCAUGGUUCGUUCAAGCCCUGUAUGUGGAAGUGGCAUGACCUCUCUUUUAAUGAACUCUGUUUAUCCCAGAGAGCAAAUGAACCAGCUGACUUCUUAUAUUGAUGCCUCCAAUGUCUAUGGAAGUUCUGACCAUGAGUCCAAUGAAAUCAGGGAUUCAGCAAGCCACCGUGGUCUCUUAAAACAGGGUAUUGUUCAAAGAUCUGGAAAACCCCUUCUACCAUUUGCCACUGGACCUCCAACAGAAUGUAUGAGAGAUGAAAACGAGAGCCCAAUACCAUGUUUCUUAGCCGGAGACCAUCGAGCAAAUGAGCAGUUGGGACUCACAAGCAUGCACACUUUGUGGUUUCGGGAACAUAACAGAAUUGCAACCGAAUUGCUGAGACUAAACCCACAUUGGGAUGGAGAUACAAUAUAUCAUGAAACCCGUAAGAUUGUUGGAGCACAAAUGCAGCACAUAACAUAUUCACACUGGUUACCAAAAAUAUUUGGAGAUGUAGGCAUGAAGAUGCUUGGAGAGUACAAAAGUUAUGAUCCCAAUGUAAAUGCUGGAAUCUUGAAUGAAUUUGCAACUGCUGCGUUUAGGUUUGGCCAUACACUUAUAAAUCCUAUUCUUUACCGUCUGGAUGAAAAAUUUGAGCCUAUUCCACAAGGUCAUGUACCUCUCCACAGGGCAUUCUUCUCUCCAUUUAGAAUUGUAAAUGAAGGUGGUAUAGAUCCACUUCUUCGAGGACUCAUUGGCGUUGCAGCAAAAAUGCGUGUCACAUCACAGUUACUGAAUACGGAACUUACAGAGAAACUCUUCUCCAUGGCCCAUGCUGUAGCCUUGGAUCUGGCAGCACUGAAUGUCCAGAGGGGUCGUGACCAUGGCAUACCUCCUUACCAUGAUUUUAGAGUCUUCUGUAAUCUCUCCACAGUGCAGACAUUUGACGAUCUUAGAAAUGAAAUAAAGAAUCCAGAUGUCAGGGAGAAGCUUAAGAGGUUAUAUGGGUCGCCAUUAAACAUUGAUUUAUUCCCUGCCCUGAUGGUUGAAGACCUCAUUCCAGGAAGUCGGCUGGGGCCAACAUUAAUGUGCCUUUUAACAACGCAAUUCAGAAACAUCAGGGAUGGGGACAGGUUUUGGUAUGAGAAUCCUGGUGUAUUCACUGCAGCCCAGCUCACACAAAUUAAGCAGACCUCCCUGGCCAGAGUGCUAUGUGACAAUGGAGACAACAUCACCAAAGUGCAACACGACCUGUUCAGAGUGGCUGAAUUCCCACAUGGUUAUGUCAGUUGUAAAAACAUUGCUAAGAUGGACCUAAGGGUUUGGCAAGAUUGCUGUGAAGAUUGUAGAACCAGGGGGCAGUUUUCGACAUUCUCAAAUCACUUCAGAGGGAAACGAUCUACAGAGCACAGUUAUAAGGAGGAUAAUAAAGAACCAUCUAGCUUGUUGAAUCAGUCUGUAAAUACCACUUGUAACACUGAACAGCCAAAGAAUCUGCCACACGUGAAUGACUUUAAAGAAUUUGUUUUGGAUAUGCAAAAGACUAUAACAGGUCUUAGAAAACAGAUCAAAAAACUUGAAUCUCGCUUAAGCAAUACAGACUGCACUGAUGAAACUGGGGAAUCCCAUUCUACAAAGGAGAAAUGGAACAAAGAUGCCUGUACAAAGUGUGAAUGCUAUAACGGACACAUUACCUGCUUUGUGAAGUCCUGUCCACCCGUCAAUUGCUCGCGGCCCCAAAGAAUAGAAGGAGUUUGCUGCCCUGUCUGCACAGAUGACAAGAUACAAAGCACAUAAUUCGCAGAAAUACAACCUGCCCAAUCACUGGCAUUUGCUUCAAGAAAGAUUCCAGAAAACCUCUAUAUACCAUGCCCAACACCCAAGGACAGCCAUAAUAUAAGAUUACUUCCAUUUUUAUUUAGUACAGGGAAACACAAUUCAGUCUCUUUCAAAGGGAACCAUAUCAGACAGGAUAUUGAAAUUUAUGUCUGCCAUGUUUUUAAUUUUUUUUUUUGUAUUUUUUUUUUUUAUUGUUUAUGUGUAAUUGCCUCUCAGGUUAGGAAAAUAAACUGGUGCUAAUGAAAAAGGUUAAAGUAUUAUACAGAAAUAAAGUUAUCAACUCAUUACAGAUUAACUAUGGAGAUAUUUUGGAAUUCUCAGACAGACCAACACAAGUACUCCAGAUGGCUGUGUUCUGGCACUGUUCCUGCACAAGAGGAAUAACCUUUGUGACUUGACUACUUUACCUUCAUUUUCUUUUGAAAUCUUAUUAUUUUUGUGUUACCAGAUCAUAUUUCUGUGAGAAGUAUAUUUUAGCGAGCAAUUUUUUUUGUCUGUUUUAUAGUAAACAGCCUAAUGCCUUCCUGAAUACACAACAUUUUAUUAAAGCUGCCAUGCAAUCCUUUCUUUAAUGUGUUCUGCUAUUUUCGUAUGGAUUGUAAUUUGGACUUCAUCAUGCAAUCAGUUGCAGGUACCCUGCUGUUCCGGGUACUUUGUUACCUGAGGAGACAUAGUGAAGGACAACAAUCAUACCUCAUUAACCAUGAAUCUUAUGGUGCUCAUUUAGAGGAGUGAAGAAAAGCAUCUGACAUGCCAUACAAGUAUUUUUUUUAGCAAAUCGGCCCAUAUCACAGUUUUAAGGGAAACAUCAAUGCACAUUGUUUACAGACUCGCUGCUUCCUAUAUAGAACAAGUCACAUCUUCUGCAUUGCUUUGCUUAAAGUGUUUCAACAGGCCGAGAUCUAUUUGAUACCCUAGGGACUGGUCCGUAUUCUUAGCCUGGAAUGCAUUGUAAUUGCUCCCAGAUUUAACAGUUGUCUAUUGGAAAGGAAAUGCACUCAGGUUGCAAAUGGACUGCUAAGUUGAGACUAACCUUCUGUACAAUGGAUGCUUCCUGUCUCUGCUAAUAUUCUGUAAGUGAACAGAUUCAACCCAUUCUCUCUAUGCACUUGGGUGCCAAACAUGUUGGUUGAGCAGACAUCAACCUAGUUGGGGAGCAUUUAUUAUACUGGGUUAUUAUAGUUUACCCUUCUUUAAAUUCCUUCUUCUCCCAUAAGCUUGUUAAGAUUAUGCUUGAUGCAAACUUGAUUUCCUUUAGUUAUGCAGUUCUCUUAAUGAAAUACUAAAUCGGAACAUGGCAGAAUCUUGUUGGGUAUUUACAUGAGAAUAAUGUGUAAUUUCUGUCUGUUCACAUCACGGUGCUGUUGGCUUUUCAAAUGGACAGAACGUAGCGAUGAGCACAAUUUUUCAUUAGGUUUCACAGGGAAAAAACACUGUGAAACCUAAAUUGGUGCAACUUUUUGCCAAGUUUGCGCAAAGUUUUCAGCAAAGCAAAAUGGGACAGAUUUGCUCAUCAUUAACUGUCUGAGCAAUAGUUCACCAUUGAAAUAAGAGCCGAUUGCAGCCAAAAUAGUAUUUAUAUCGCCAUUGUGUCCUAAUUUUUCAUAUUAGUUGUGUGUUAAUGCUCCACUUGCAAAUGAAGUCUUUACUAAGUUAAUAUUGUUUCUAACUGACCAGCCACGAUGAUUCUUUAUCAGUCCCACAGCCCUGCUCUUGUCAAAAGGGAUUUGACCAACCAAACAAAGCUGCGAAUACCCAGCAGCAGAGAUAAAUUCCUUCCUUUUCUCAUCUAUAUACUUUACUGGUACAGACUUUCGCUCUAUACUAGGUGCUGAGUGUUCUGCAUCAUUUUGGGUGCAAUGGUUCUUUAAUCAUUAAUACUCUGUAUGGAUGUAUUACCACCGACUACAUUGUGAAUGGAAAUAAUAAUUGGCACACAUUCUCUGUGCUUAGUCAUGAUCCAGAGAGACUUUGGGACCUUUUAGACAAUGACUUCACUGGCAGAGAGUUGUGUGGCACAGAUAAAUUCUUGUAUAAACAACUGAGUCAUUUCCCCAGCUGAUGUUUUUCUUUCUACAGCAGUCAGUAAUGUUCUUUUUCCACUCUGAGGUCCUUCCUUUCUUUCUCUCCAGGGCUGCAAAUGUUGCAUAUUUAUUGUCAGAACUUUCAUACCAAAAUGAGUGCCUUAGUCUUUUGUAUUGUAAACAGGAAUAUUACCAAAGAAUUGUUUGCACUGUGUAAUGAAUGCUUCGUAAAUGAAUGCAACUUAAAUAAAUAGGCCUACGUUUUAAAA